GUCGCGUAAACCUGGAGUCUGCUUUCAUGCAUGAACACUAACACAACAAAGUGACAUCAGGCAGCCUGUCAGUAAACUGUCCAACAGAUUCACCUUCAGUGAUCUACAUCAGACUGCUGUUGGACCCGUGGACUCGUGUUGGACCUUCUUGUGCCGUACCUGGACAGCCGGGAUAAAAAGGUAACUCUGCAUCAUGGUACAUUCAGUGUUCUGUUUCUGCUUUUCACGCCUCACAAACACAUUUCACCGUUUAGCUGCAAGUUAGAGGAAGUGUGGGACUCACCACGACUCAUUUCCUGUUUGAGAGUAAACUGAGUGCAUGCCUUUAUUUAACUUUGGAGAGUUUUCAUAGAUUUACUCCAUCAGCAUUCAGGGAAACUUUUCAGCAUUGACUGUUCUCAAUGAACUCAAGGUGAGAGGUGUGUUUGACUCUACAUGGGAUCAGUGUUUUAACUCCUGAAAGAGUUUCACUCUUCACUAAAGUCAGUUCGACGGUCUCACACGUUCACUCCUGCAGCCUCUGUGUUACAGGAAGUGUGACGAAGCUCCACCCCUCAGCUGAGGACAGAAAUGAGACAAACCAGGAAACAGUUUUUAUCGUCUGUUUUUCAGUCCGUGUCUCUUCACUGAGUGAGUUCAGCUACAGGAGAGAAAAGUGGGAAACUCCAACACUGCUGCUUCAAGCUGCUGACGCUCCACACACUGAAUCUUCACUCAGAGACUAAAUGGCUUCCAGAUCAGAGGAGGAUCUCUGCUGUCCGGUCUGUCAGGAGGUCUUUAGAGAUCCUGUUGUUCUGUCAUGUAGCCACAGCUUCUGUAAAGACUGUCUGAAGAGCUGGUGGACAGAGAAACCAACACGAGAGUGUCCAGUUUGUAAGAGAAGAUCUUCAAAGGAUGAACCACCUUUAAACCUUGCAUUAAAGAACCUUUGUGAGGCCUUCUUGUUGGAGAGAGAUCAGAGAUCUUCAGAGGCUCUCUGCAGUCUGCACUCUGAGAGACUCAAACUCUUCUGUCUGGACCAUCAACAGCCGGUGUGUGUCGUCUGCAGAGAUUCAGAACAACACAGCGACCACAGAUUCAGACCCAUCGAUGAAGCUGCACGACAACACAAGAAGAACCUUCAGGAAACUCUGGAGCCCUUAAAGGAGAAGUUAAAGGUUUUUGAAGAAGUUAAAGUGAAGUUUGAUCAAACAGCAGAACACAUGAAGGUCCAGGCCCGACGCACAGAGAGGCAGAUUAAGGAUCAGUUUAAGAAGCUUCACCAGUUUCUAGAAGAGGAAGAGGAGGCCAGGAUGGCUGCACUGAGGGAGGAAGAGGAGCAGAAGAGUCAGAUGAUGGAGGAGAAGAUGGAGGCUCUGAGCAGAGAGAUAGCAGCUCUUUCAGACACCGUCAGAGCCACAGAGGACGAGCUGAGAGCUGAAGACGUCUCAUUCCUGCACAACUACAAGGCUGCAGUGCAAAGAGUCCAGCAGCGCCCCCUGCUGGAUGAUCCACAGCUGCCCUCAGGAGCUCUGAUAGACGAGGCCAAACACCUGGGCAACCUGACCUUCAACAUCUGGAGCAACAUGAAGGACAUGGUCUCCUACACUCCUGUGGUUCUGGAUCCAAACACUGCUGCUCCAAACCUGAUCCUGUCUGAAGAUCUGACCAGUGUGAGACGAGGAGAGAAACAGAAGCUUCCUGACAAUCCAGAGAGGUUUGAUAAUUAUUACCGUGUUCUGGGCUCUGAAGGAUUUAACUCAGGGACUCACAGCUGGGAUGUCGAGGUUGGAGACAGUAGAGUCUGGACUCUGGGUGUGUUAGCAGAGUCUGUCCAGAGGAAAGGACUCAUACAGUCUGGAUUAUGGGUAAUGUGUUUAUAUAAAGGUAAAUACUCAGCACGAUCACCAUCAGAUCCACUCACUGCUCUCCAAGUCCAGAAGAAGCUCCAGAGGAUCAGAGUGAAUCUGGACAUGAACAGAGGAAAACUGUCGUUCUCUGAUCCUGAUACAAACACACACAUACACACCUUCACACACACUUUCACUGACAAGAUGUUUCCAUUCAUUAACACUGUGGAUGAACUGAAGAUAUUACCACAUAAAGUCAGAGUGACAGUGGAACAGAGCAGUUAGAGACAAAGAGGAUGAUUAUAUUUAUGUUUAUUAGCUGCUCCUGCUGUCUCAUUAUUCCAAAGAAGUUUAUUUUUCUUUCAGUUCUUGUUUUUUAUUGUUUUUAUUUUCUUUUUCUUGUUAUUUAGUUUGACAAAAAUCUUUUUGUUUCUAUCGUCGACCUUUUUAAUGUGUAAAAUGAUUUCACUUAGUUUCUGAUCUUUAUGUUUGGUUUGUUCAGACUUUUCUUUUUUAUCAAUACUCUGUCAUUUUAAAUUGUUGAUUUUUUAUUAUUUUGACUUGUGUGUGUGGAGCCAUGAUAUCUGUAUUCUGUGAUUUUAAAUAUUUGCACCAUUCUUAGAGACGAUGAGAUUAUCAUAAUCAAUAUUUUUUGUCUCUGUUGAACAACAUGAAUUUAGUUUCAUCUGCAUAAAGAACUUGUUUAUGGUUAUUGAAUACAACUUGUAAUUCAGCAAAGCAGUGCUUAAAGAAUUGAACAGAAUAAUGUUUAACAUCCACAUAUCAGUACAAAAUGGUGUCAUCAGCAUAAAGAUGUAUAUGACACCAACUUUGAGAAGAGACUGUAUCAUCUGGGCUUAUGUAAAGAGUAAACAGAACAGGCCCCAGUAUUGAGCCUUGUGGGACGCCUUUUACAAUCUGAACAGAUUCAGAUGAUUCAUUUAAGAUUUCCAGUAGCCACAUACUGCUCUCUGUCCAUGAGUUCAUCACGUUCAUCAAGUCCAAAGUCUUUUUAGACAGUGCAUGAUAAACUGUAUCAAAUGUCUUUGAAAAAUGCAGAGGAACUGUUGAACGUCGUCCAUUCGUCCUGAGCAUGAAUACCUGUUUACAGGUGCCACAAGUUGAUUGGUCGACUCCAAGCAACACAGACGUGAAGCAGUUCUCAGAAACGGUGGUUAUCCAACUAAAUAUUAGUUCAGUGAUUCAAACAUUUUCCAGUUCAUACAGUAAAAGUUUGAGUUUGUAAAGAAUGUGAUUUUCUUGAGAAGCCUGAUAUUAAUUUUUCUUCAUUUUCUGUAAAGUAAAAACAAAUUUCAUCAUUUUUUCUCCAUGUUUUGAUUUAGAACAGAGUGUGCAGUGUUCACAAUGUAUUUGCAUGUAUGGGAAUAAAAGUCAUUAUAAGGACUUUGGGCUUUACUCACAUUAUUUUACACAUUUUAAACACUGCUAUUUUUAAACUGUGUAUCCACUCAGUGACAGGAGCCAUGAUAACAUUUGAUCACCUGUCAGAUGUCUGAACGUUACGGCUGAUUGGUGUAAUUCACUCGUUGAGGUAGCGAUGGAGGACCGACCACCUGAGUCUGGAUAUCGAUAACACUUCAGAAUAGUUUGGUCCAAAUAUUAAAGUGUUAGCAGAUAAAUCUGAGGAGUCGUGAGAUGAUUAAAGAAAAAAAGAAGAAAAGUUCUGAUUCACAAAAUGUUCUUAAACUUUAAUCUUCUGUCGGGUCUUUAAAUCUUUCGGCUUCGAACAGUAACUGAGUUUAAACCACGUGAUGAGUUUAGAGGUA